GUGAUUGCCACCUCCCGGACAGUCACCACGCUGCAGGUGGUCACCAACCCAAUCCUGGACCGUGUCUUUGUGGCCCCCAAUGGCUCCAGCUUUCCUAAUCCCAUUCACGAUGCUGCAUGGGCCUCACUGAAAGCUUUGCAGGCAGACCUGGUUCGCUUUGUGCCUUGGUUUCCGUAUCCCAGGAAGAGCGUGGCUGAGUUGGACGCCCCGACGUCGAAGAACACCUCCUGGGAUUUCUCAAACAUCCUUCCGCAGCUGGAGGACUUCAUGGAUGCAGUGUAUGGGCAGAACCACUCGGUGGUUCUUAACUUUGCCACGCAACCGUGCUGGCUUUUCGGGGACGCCAAGAAUCAAACCCAGGAUUGCUCCUACCCAUCGAAUCCGGACCAGUCCGACUUUGGUUACGUGCGCGGUAGCCGCGCGAAUCUCCUGGACCCGAGCGCCAAAACCAUGGCGGGAUACUUCGCCCGGCUCUUGUCCUACCUCGUGAAGGGUGAGUUUGUGGAUGAGAAUGGCAUCAAGCACACAGGUGGGCCAGCAUAUACCCGCCUCAAUCGCCAGAAUGGUCACGUCUGGGAGCUUUUCAACGAAGCGGAGCAUGGCUACACCCCUGAGCAGUACAUCCAUGACUAUGAUGUUAUCGUACCUGAGAUGAUCAAGGCAGUUGGGGGCAUUGACAAUGCUCCAGCCUUCAUGGGACUUGGUGGCCCAAACGACUGGGGAAAUUGGAUUCCGGCCUUCCUGAAUCGCAGCAAUCACACAUCGCCGGCCCCGCCUAUAGAUUACUUUUCUUUGCAUGGCUAUGCAACUUGUGCCAAUCGCACAGAUCCAUCUACUUACUCUGCCGGAUUCUUUGGCUACUUCCGCAAUUACAUUCAAAGCAUCAAGGAGCAGGUAUUGGUGAUGCGAGGUGCUUCAUCCUUCCCGAGCGUCAAGAUUGACUUAGAUGAACUUGGCGUCAUCAUGCCUGAUGACAAUAAUCCGGGCUUUGGCAUCAACGCUAGCCUCCCUGAUAUCUACUGGAAUGCUGCUGGUGCCGCAUACGCCUAUGUCUUUGCGACCUUGACACCUCUUGGCGUCGAGGUGUUGGGUCAAUCUCAACUGGCCGGCAGCCCAAAGAUCCCUGAGUGGGGGAUUCCUCUGCCUCAGUAUCCCAGCGUCAGCUUACUGGACUGGCGUACCGGCUUAGGCAAUGCGCGGUACUGGGUGCUAAAGCUCCUCAUUGAGGAAUUUGCUCCUGGAGACAGCCUGGUCUCAACACAAUGCACAUCGGAAGUAUCACAAGAGGACCCAGAGCCAUUGAGCUGCAUGGGUGCCAUCACAAAGGCUGGUUCUCGGAAGCUUCUGAUAGUCAAUCAUCUGAACAGUGUCCAGACAACAAAGUUCAGUGGCUUUUCGGAAGGCAGCCUGGCCUUGCGAAUCGUGGAUCCCAAGUCUGUGCAAAGGGCAAGCGCUUCUGGCAUCCGCACCUCCACGCUGAAAGAUGCCAGUGAAUCCUUUAGUUUAGAAGCCUUCGCAGUCGUAGUCGCCUCACGUGCCUCCGCACCGCAGGCUGUCUUUGUAUGA